AUGCCGCGGGGCCGCCCCCCGAAGCCCAAGGAGAGCAAGGCGCGCGGCGACACCGAUGGAGUGUUAACAUUGAAUGCGGAGAACACCAAUUAUGCCUAUCAAGUUCCAAAUUUCCAUAAAUGUGAAAUCUGUCUACUGUCUUUUCCAAAAGAGUCCCAGUUUCAACGCCACAUGAGGGAUCACGAGCGAAAUGACAAGCCACAUCGCUGUGACCAGUGCCCCCAGACAUUCAAUGUUGAAUUCAACCUGACGCUGCACAGAUGUACCCACAAUGGGGAGGACCCGACCUGUCCUGUGUGCAACAAGAAGUUCUCCAGAGUGGCCAGCCUCAAAGCGCACAUCAUGCUGCAUGAGAAGGAAGAGAACCUCAUCUGCUCCGAGUGUGGGGAUGAGUUCACUCUGCAGAGCCAGCUGGCCCUGCACAUGGAGGAGCACCGCCAGGAGCUGGCUGGGGGCCGGGCCCACACCUGCAAGGCCUGCAGGAAGGAGUUCGAGACGGCAGUGCAGCUGAAGGAGCACAUGAAGAAUCAUUACAAAAUUAGGAUGUCAAGUACAAGGUCAUACAAUCGGAAUGUCGACAGGAGUGGAUUCACAUACUCAUGCCCGCAUUGUGGAAAGACGUUUCAGAAGCCCAGCCAGCUCACUAGACACAUCAGGAUACACACAGGUGAAAGGCCCUUUAAGUGCAGUGAAUGCGGAAAAGCCUUUAACCAGAAGGGGGCAUUGCAGACCCACAUGAUCAAGCACACAGGUGAAAAGCCCCAUGCCUGUGCCUUUUGUCCUGCUGCCUUUUCUCAGAAGGGGAACCUGCAGUCUCACGUACAGAGAGUGCACUCGGAGGUCAAGAAUGGCCCUACCUAUAACUGUACAGAAUGUAGCUGUGUAUUUAAAAGUUUAGGUAGCUUAAACACUCAUAUCAGCAAGAUGCAUAUGGGUGGGCCACAGAACUCCGCGAGCUCUGCAGAGACUGCUCAUGUUUUAACGGCAACGCUGUUCCAGACUUUACCUCUUCAGCAGACGGAAGCCCAGGUCCCAUCAGCUGUGAGCCAGCAGAGUUCACAGGCGGUGACUGAUGUCAUCCAGCAGCUGCUGGAGCUGUCAGAGCCUGUGGAAUCUAGCCCAGUGCCCCCGCCUGGUCAGCCGCUCAGCAUCACCGUGGGCAUCAGCCAGGACAUCCUACAGCAAGCCUUAGAAAACAGUGGGCUGUCUUCAAUUCCAGCUGCAGCACACCCCAGCGACGCCAGCCACCCCAAGAGUUCCACCGUGCAGGGUCAGGACCCAGACCUUCCUGACGUGCCCAGUGAGCCAACAGACCCUGUAGAUGCAGAGCCAGAGAAAGAACAGGAGAGCCUAGAGAAGCCGGACAAAAGGGAGAAGAAGCUGAUAAAGAAGAAAUCACCAUUUCUGCCUGGCUCCAUCCGCGAGGAGAACGGGGUCCGGUGGCACGUGUGUCCCUACUGCACCAAGGAGUUCCGGAAGCCCAGCGACCUCGUGCGCCACAUCCGCAUUCACACGCAUGAGAAGCCUUUCAAGUGCCCGCAGUGCUUCCGGGCCUUUGCGGUGAAGAGCACCCUGACCGCGCACAUCAAGACGCACACGGGCAUCAAGGCCUUCAAGUGCCAGUACUGCCUGAAGAGCUUCUCCACGUCCGGGAGCCUCAAAGUGCACAUCCGCCUGCACACAGGAGUCAGACCUUUUGCUUGUCCUCACUGUGACAAAAAGUUCCGGACCUCAGGCCACAGGAAGACACACAUAGCCUCCCACUUUAAACACUCGGAAUUGAGAAAGAUGAGGCACCAGAGGAAACCUGCCAAGGUUCGUGUAGGCAAGGCCAGCGCUCCAGUCCCUGACAUUCCUUUGCAAGAGCCAAUCCUCAUAACCGACGUAGGUCUUAUCCAGCCCAUUCCAAGAAACCAGUUUUUUCAAAGCUAUUUUAAUAAUAAUUUUGUAAAUGAAGCAGAUAGACCGUACAAGUGUUUUUACUGUCAUCGUGCAUAUAAAAAAUCUUGCCACCUUAAGCAGCACAUCAGAUCGCACACAGGUGAGAAGCCGUUUAAAUGCUCUCAGUGUGGAAGAGGCUUUGUUUCUGCAGGGGUGCUCAAAGCACACGUCCGAACGCACACGGGACUGAAGUCAUUCAAGUGUCUGAUCUGUAACGGAGCUUUCACCACUGGUGGCAGCUUGCGGCGGCACAUGGGCAUCCACAAUGACCUGCGGCCCUACAUGUGUCCCUACUGCCAGAAGACCUUUAAGACCUCCCUGAACUGCAAAAAGCACAUGAAAACCCAUCGCUACGAGCUUGCUCAGCAGCUACAGCAGCACCAAGAAGCCGCGGCACUCGACAGCAGUGCCGUGGACCAGCAGGGUGUGCACGUGGCCACUCAGAUGCAGGUGGAGGUCCAGAGUGAUGAGCUGCAGCCACCUGUGGACGCAGUCACUGCAAACCCCGAUGCCAUGCUCGACCUGGAGCCUCAGCAUGUCGUGGGCGCGGAAGACACGGGGUUGGGCCAGCAAUUGGCAGAGCCACCUCUGGAGGCAGAUGAAGACAGGUUUGUGGCUCCGCAGCUACCAGGGCACAUGGACCAGUUUGAAGAGCAGGCUCCUCCGCAGCAGUCCUUUGAACCGACUGGCUUAUCACAGGAUUUUACGGUACCUGAUACAUACAGUCAGCAGACUCAGUUUCCACCUGUGCAGCAGCUGCAGGAUUCUAGUACACUGGAGUCUCAGGCCCUGUCCACAACUUUCCAUGAGCAGAACCUGCUUCCGGUUCCCAGCUCUGAUCCUAUGAAUGUGACAGCUCCUUUGAUUCAAGAGCCAUCCCAAGAGGAGCUCGAUCUGCCGCCGCCACGCCGCCAGUUCCUGGAGGACAGUGAGGACCAGAGCCGGCGCUCCUACAGAUGCGAGUAUUGCCAUAAAGGCUUUAAGAAGUCCAGCCACCUGAAGCAGCAUGUACGAUCACACACGGGGGAGAAACCUUACAAGUGCAAGCUCUGUGGCCGCGGCUUCGUCUCCUCUGGGGUUCUCAAGUCCCAUGAGAAGACACACACAGGAGUGAAGGCGUUCAGCUGCAGUGUUUGCAACACUUCGUUCACUACCAACGGCAGCCUCACCAGGCACAUGGCGACACACAUGAGCUUGAAGCCUUACAAAUGUCCGUUCUGUGAGCAGAGCUUCCGGACCACAGUCCACUGCAAAAAACACAUGAGGAGGCACCAGGCAGGUCCCUCUGCCACAUCAGCGCCUGAAGAUGCUGAGGGAGGAGGAGAUAUAUGCAUGGAGGAAGAGGAGGAAAAUUCUGAAAGAAACUCAUCUAGAAAGGUGCGUCCUGAGGUCAUCACUUUCACCGAGGAGGAGACAGCGCAGUUAGCCAAAAUCCAGCCCCAAGAAAGCGCCACAGUGUCAGAGCAGGUGCUGGUGCAGUCGGCUGCCGAGAAGGAUCGCAUCAGCGAGAUGAAGGACCGGCAGGCAGAGCUGGAGGCUGAGCCCAGGUUCGCCAACUGCUGCUCCUACUGUCCCAAGAGCUUUAAGAAGCCCAGCGACCUAGUCAGGCAUGUUCGAAUCCACACGGGAGAAAAGCCAUACAGAUGUGAUGAAUGUGGGAAGAGCUUCACUGUGAAGUCCACCCUGGAUUGCCACGUGAAGACUCACACAGGUCAGAAGCUCUUCAGCUGCCACGUCUGCAGUAACGCCUUCUCUACCAAGGGGAGUCUGAAAGUCCACAUGCGCUUGCACACUGGAGCCAAGCCCUUCAAGUGCCCGCACUGCGAGCUGCGCUUCCGCACGUCUGGCCGGAGGAAGACUCACAUGCAGUUUCACUACAAGCCUGACCCCAAGAAAGCCAGGAAGUCCACACCACGCAGUGCGCCCGAGGGGCUGCAGCCCGCCAGCCUGCUGAGCCCGGCCUCUGCUGACCCAAAUUUGCUGAUCAUGAACAACUCGGUUCUGACUGGCCAGUUUGAUCCAAACCUGCUUCAGCCAGGACUAGUGAGCCAGGCCGUUCUCCCUGGCUCCGUGUCAGGUGGCAGUGACUGGACAGUGUCUCUGACGGAUGGGAGCCUGGCCGCCCUGGAAGGUAUCCAGUUACAGCUGGCAGCUAACUUGGUUGGGCCUAAUGUUCAAAUUUCUGGAAUUGACACCUCCGGCAUUAACAACAUCACAUUACAGAUUGACCCAGGAGUCUUGCAGCAAAGCUUACAGCCCACCAACCUGCUUGCUCAGCAACUGACGGGGGAGCCGGGCUCGGCCUCACACAACAGCUCCCUUCAGACAGCGGACAGCACGGUCCCAGCCAGUGUGGUCAUCCAGCCCAUCUCAGGCCUGUCCUUACAACCCACAGUGACCUCUGCCAACCUGACCAUUAGCUCGAUGUCGGAGCAGGACUCUGUGUUGACCACUAGCAGCAGUGGGACUCAAGACCUCGCACAAGUGAUACCAUCGCCAGGCCUGGUGUCCACCUCCAGCGGCCCCCACGAGAUCACCCUGACCAUCAACAACUCCAGUCUCAGCCAGGUCUUGGCACAGGCUGCUGGGCCCACCACGUCGUCCUCGGGGUCCCCGCAGGAAAUCACGCUGACUAUCUCUGAACUCAGCACCGCAGCCAGCAGCCUUUCUUCCACGGCUCCCGCGUCCCCAUCAGCCCUCUCUGCUCAGAACCUGGUCAUGUCUUCGUCAGGAGUGGGAGGCGAGGCCAGUGUCACCCUCACUCUGGCUGACACUCAGGGCUUGCUCUCAGGAGGACUGGACACGGUCACACUCAACAUCGCUUCUCAGGGUCAGCAGUUCCCAGCCUUGCUCACCGAUCCCUCCCUCUCAGGCCACGGAGGAGCAGGCUCGCCACAGGUCAUCUUGGUGAGCCAUACCCCACAGCCAGGGUCCACUGCUUGUGAAGAGAUCGCCUACCAGGUAACUGACGUCUCCGCUCACCUGGCCCCAGGCAGCCAGCCUGAGAAGGAGAGCCGGCAGCACCCAUGCCUGGAGUGUGGCCGCAGCUUCGCAUCGUCUGCUCUGCUGCUGCACCACAGCAAGGACACGCACGGCCGGGAGCGCAUCCACGUGUGCCCCGUGUGCAGCAAGGCCUUCAAGCGGGCUACCCACCUCAAGGAGCACAUGCAGACACACCAAGCUGGCCCUUCCCUAAGCUCGCAGAAGCCCCGAGUGUUUAAAUGUGACACCUGUGAGAAGGCCUUUGCCAAACCAAGCCAGCUGGAGCGCCACAGCCGCAUCCACACAGGGGAGCGGCCCUUCCACUGCACGCUGUGCGAGAAGGCCUUCAACCAGAAGAGCGCGCUGCAGGUGCACAUGAAGAAGCACACGGGCGAGCGGCCCUACAAGUGCGACUACUGCGUCAUGGGCUUCACCCAGAAGAGCAACAUGAAGCUCCACAUGAAGCGGGCUCACAGCUACACCGGAGCCUUGCAGGAACCCACAGGCCCCCAGGAGCAGGGCACCGAGGAGCUGAGCCAGACCCUGCACCUGGAGGAGGUGGUGCCUGAGGCCGCCGGCGAGUGGCAGGCACUGGCCAACGUCUUCUGA